UUUAAUGGUUUUACCAAACAAAUUGCCUAUAGUAUUGAGCAAUGAAAUAGCUGCACAUGUAGUUAAGUUACUGAACCAGAGGGUGUCCUACGUGUACACAUCUUUCAAGCUAAAAAUUUGGUAGCCAAAGACAUGAGCUUAAUAAGAAAAGGUAAAUCUGAUCCAUAUGUCAUUAUGACAUUGGGUGCACAACAAUACAAAACCCAUACAAUAAACAAUGAACUGAAUCCUAAGUGGGAUUAUUGGUGUGAGUUUGCAUCUUUUUCUCCCAGAGGACAAGUGUUGAAGCUUAAACUUUAUGAUGAAGACGAAAUGGUGGGCAAAAAACAUUCGAAUCUAGGAAGAGCUUCAAUACAAAUUGGCAAUGUUGCUAAAACAGGAUAUUUUGAUAAGUGGAUCAAUUUAGAGGACACUAAACAUGGCAUGAUACAUGUGCGUAUGCUUUGGUUGGACUUGACUUUGGAACAAAGUGCACUAAAGAGGGCCCUUACUGAAACCCAAGAACUGCGAAUAACAAACCUGAGUUCAGCUGUGGUGAUGGUAUAUGUAGACUCAGCGAUUAAUUUGCCGAACGCUCGGGCCCAGAGCAAACCAGAUCCAUUGGUACGAGUAACAGUUGGUCAAACUACCCAAACGACUGUAGGAAAGUUACGCACUGAACGUCCUGUCUAUGAACAAGGAUUCACGUUUUUGGUGAGCAACCCUGAAACAGACACCAUCGAAUUUAAGGUUAUAGAUCAAAAGACAAACACUCAAUUGGGGUUGUAUGUGUACGAAUUGUCAGCACUACUUCUCGCCCAAAAUAUGCGAGUUGAUACUCAACCUUAUGAUCUGAUAAUUGACAGCAAAAACCAACAGCAUGACAGCAAAUUAUUGUUUUGUUUGCAACUUAAAUUUUUGAAGAAGCUGCCAGUAUUGGUCGAUGUUAAUGACGACAUAUCUACAGUAACAAAACCACUAUCAAGACAGACCUCUGUACAGUCGACAAAAUCUGUGAACAGUGUUAUAACGUCAGCAGACGUCUCUGAGAUUCAGUCAUCGGCUGUUGGCGCUAACACGCCCACGGAUGGUAUGAGUAGAACUUCGUCGAUUAAAAGAGAUUCAACGGUAUCACGAAGUUCACAUGCCGGUGGCGGUGAUCAAGAACCACUCAUUGAGCAAGCUGAAACUACCGAACUGUUAUCCGAACCAGAAGAACCAGCCCCUGGCACAGGUGUUUUAGGCAGCAUACAACUUACAUUAACAUUCAGUGUGGCCAGACAACGUCUCAAUGUUACUAUACACAAAGUUGUUAACCUACCAAUCAAAGAAGCUUCAGACAUCCCUGAUCCUUAUGUCAAGUUGUAUGUCCUACCCAAGAAAGAAAACAGUAACACCAAACGAAAAACUGAAACGUACAAGGACAACUGCAAUCCAGUUUACGAAGAAACAUUCGAGUAUAUCAUGGGAGUGGCAGAGUUGAAUAGCAAGCAGCUGGAGGUGACUGUCCUGACUAAGAAAACGUGGCACAGUCCAGUUUUGGGUCAGAUAGUGUUGAACAUUAGCGAUUAUGUCAACGUAAAUACUCCCAGUUUUACUGGUUGGUUUGAUUUAGAAACCGAAGUCAAAGAAGGCACCGUUGGCUAAUUCUAUUGCACAGGGCUUUAAACAUAAUAAUAUUGUUAUUAAUUUUAUGAACGGAGUACAUUUAUUAUUUUAAUACAUCAUGGUGCUUAAAUAUUAUGAUUUACCUUAAGGCCGCAUAAUGUGUAUUUAUUUUUAAACUAUUAGUCACAUUUUUUAUUUUAUUUUUAUUUUUGCAUUUUGCAUUUUGAAUUGUUACAUUUAUUUUUUACUAUUAUUUAUAUAUAUAUAUAUACAUACAUAAUAUUUUUUUUACAACUGUUAUAAUAUGUUUUUCUUAUGUACUCUCCAAACUUAAUUUGAAAACAACUCCGUCUAUGCAAAGUAUUAUUUGUUGAUAACUCAUUGAUUUAUACUAAUAUUAACAAUUUUGUUGAACAAAUUAAAUAGUGCCACGCUUUUUAAUUAUUAA